UGCCCCAGAGCAGCGGGGACCCCCCCCGAGAACCUCCCCGACCCCCAUCUCCAGCUCGAUGGCUGCGGAGGGAUCCCCGACCCCCUCAUCCCCCACACCUGGCCCCGCUGCCCCCCCUAUGGAGGCCGCUCCACCGGCGGUGGAGGUAGAGACCCCGCAGGACCCCUCACGAAGUGGGUUCCGGUCGGCAGCCCACCCGCUCCGGCUGGCAGCAGUCAGGGGCAGCGCGGCCACGCGCCAGGGCGAGAGCCGCUGCUCCGAGGAGUUCGUCCUCAACCGCACCUUCGCCGUCUGUGACCCCGAGCAGACAGGGACGGUGACGGCGCAGGGGGUGGUCGAGUACCUGGAGAAGGUGACAGGGCAGAGCGGCGAGGAAGGCCAGCUGCAGGCGUUGCACCGCAUGCUGGACCCAGAGGCAGCGGGCACGGCGCUGGACCUGCCCACCUUCAACGCCAUCAUGAGGGAGUGGAUCGCAUCGUGCCGGCAGGAGGGGUCAGUGGCAGGGAACCGGGGCCGGAACGUGGUUCCUUCUGUACCAGCCGGUGCAACCAACGGUUCCCAUCUCCCCAGGGGCUCGCAGCUCGCCGAGGAGCGGGACGCGGCAGCAGGUGACCUCGGCCUAGUGCUGGCGGCGGGGGAAGGACACGCAGCCCCGACAGCUGCGCAGCUCGAGGGCGACGGCGGCAACGCAGACAUCGCGAGCCCCACUGAAACCGCCGGCCUGCGCAGCCGUGCCGAGCAACUCGCCACCCAGAACGCCAAGUUGCAGCAGGAUGCCGAGUCGGCCGAAGAGCUCAUCGCCCGCCUGGCCGAGGAGACGACGCAGCUGAAGGCUCAGUUGCGAUGGUGCGGCGCCAGCGUGGGGCCUGGGCAGGCGGCCACCCUCUUGUUGGCGGAUCCCUGGGGACGGUUGGGGCUGCCGGGCUCCGGGGGAGCGUGCCAAUGUCCGGCUGUCUCCGGUAGCAGCCAGCAAGCGCUGGAGCAGGCCCGAGCUGCCGCCGAGGAGCUGGAGGACCUGAAGGCCGUGGCGAAAGGGCUGGAGGAGGAGAACGGCGAGCUCCGCCGGCAGGCACACCAGAUGGAAAAGGAGCAGCGGUGCCUGUGCUUGCGAGCCGACGGCCUCCAGGAGGAGAAUCAGCAGCUGCUCGCUGAGAGCCACGGGCUGAGGGAGCGGAUCCGGGCACUGGCAGCCGAGACGACCGACCUGGAGGCCCAGCUCCGCCGCUGCACGGCACUCCUCUCCUCCCGGGACGUCGCCCUCGCCCAGGCGGGGCGGCGGGUGGAGGAGCUGACGGUGGCGCUGGAGGAGUAUGACAGGGCGGUGCAGGAGCUGCGGCAAGAGACGACGCGGCUCCGCGAGCAGCUGGGCCGGAUGCAGGACGCCUGGGCCGUGUAUGUCGCCGCCUCUGCCGGGCCGGGAGGGAUGCGUGGCACGUGGCCGUGGUGCCCGCUCAGUGAGGCCGACGUCCCGGCGCAGCCGCUCGGCGCCGAGAUCGAAGCGGCACGUUGGGGGGAGGAAGAGGAGGCAGCGGCACCCAGACCCCUGACGCAGGACGGCGAGGAGUUGGCCAAACCGCUGCAGCGCCCGGGCCGCGGCGAGAGGCUGCCUCCGCCGCUGGCGCUGCUGGCGCUGCUGGCGCUGCUGGUGCUGCUGGCCCUGCUCUGCCGCCCGCCACGCCGCUGGCUGGGGCUGCCCCACGGCGCGGCCGCCUGGCCCCAGCUCCAGCUGUGCUACCGCAGACCCCCCCCGUUGUGAGACACCCCCACCCCAAUAAAAACUCG